AUGACAGAAAGUGGAAGGAUUGAGCAGAUGUUUGAGAAGUUGGAUGAAAUCCUCACCGCUAAGGAACUUGUAAAGCUGGCUCCAUUAUUUUUGGCGAGGACUUCUGAACUAAUGUCAGCUACAGAAGAGUCAAAUGGGAAGGAGAAGAUGGAACAAUUGCAAGGAAGCUCAAGGGGGAGCGAGUUUCCAAAGGAAAAUAGAAAGGCGACUAUGCUCGGCAAUCUCAUCAAUCUCGCUCGUCCUGACAAAGGUGCAUCUAGGCAUGCCACGGGUGCAUCUAGUGAGUUUGAAUCAUACAGUGCAUAUCCAUCCACACAUAGUGAGACUAUUCAAACAGCUGAUGCAUCAUGCCAACCUAUUAAAGGUGUUGGUUCAGUAAAAUGCUCUCCAUCAAUUACACUGUCAUCGGUUUUGCAUGUCCCCUCCUUUCCAGUUAACCUACUAUCAUUAAGUGCUUUAGUUGAUCAAAUGGACUGUCGGGUUUCUUUUGAUAGGGAAAAUUGCAUCAUUGAGGACAAGAAGACAGGAAAAGAACUUGGAAUUGGCAUGAGGUAUGGUGGGCUAUGGUUCCUAGACCAAAAGAAAGAUGACAGGUCUUGGGCGCUGCACUAA